ACUUCAAAGGUGUUACAUAUAUAUAUGUAUAUAUAUAGACAGGCAGACAAAGAGCACCCUCUCUACUCCUCCUGUUACUCUCUCUCUUCCACUGUGCCCAGUAUUGUCGCCCUCUUUCUCGAUUUCUUCCUUUGGCAGGUGAUUUGGAAGCGAGGAAGGAGGGGAAAGUUGAAGAUGAUCACGUGGAGAGAUCUGUACACGGUGCUGACGGCGGUGGUGCCGCUGUACGUGGCGAUGAUCCUGGCCUACGGCUCGGUGAGGUGGUGGAAGAUCUUCUCGCCGGAUCAGUGCUCCGGCAUCAACCGCUUCGUCGCCGUCUUUGCAGUGCCGCUGCUCUCCUUCCACUUCAUCUCCACUAACAACCCCUACGCCAUGAACCUGCGAUUCAUCGCCGCCGACACCCUGCAGAAAACCAUCAUCCUUGCCUUCCUCGCCCUCUGGUCCAAUCUCUCUGCACGCGGCAACAUAGACUGGUCCAUCACCAUCUUCUCCCUCUCCACGCUCCCCAACACCCUGGUGAUGGGCAUCCCCCUCCUGAUCGCCAUGUACGGCGAGUACUCCGGCAGCCUCAUGGUCCAGAUCGUCGUCCUCCAGUGCAUCAUCUGGUACACCAUCCUCCUUUUCCUCUUCGAGUAUCGGGGCGCCAAAAUUCUGAUCAUGGAACAGUUCCCGGAGACCGCGGCCUCCAUCGUCUCCUUCAAGGUCGACUCCGACGUCGUCUCGCUUGAUGGCCGGGAGUUCCUGCAGACGGAGGCCGAGGUCGGCGACGACGGCAAGCUUCACGUCACAGUUCGGAAGUCGACGUCGUCGCGGUCGGUCGUGCUCUCGCCUUCCCGUCGGUCCAUGGGCUUCUCCACGUUCACUCCGCGGCCAUCGAACCUCACCGGCGCCGAGAUCUACAGCCUGCACUCCACUCCCCGUGGCUCCAGCUUCAACCCUGCUGAUUUGUACUCCGGCAUGGGGGGCGGCGGUGGGGGUAGUGCACAUCCCCGCUACUCCAAUUUCGGCCAGGCGGAGAUGUACUCGCUGCCCACUCCGCGGCCGUCGAACUUCGACGAGCAGCACGGCCUGAAUCCCUCAAACCUUGGCUUCCCAGGCGCCGCCGGAAACCACUACGGCCACGCAGGGAAAGGCUUCUCUUCCUUCCCGCCAGACGCCUUAGGCCAUACCAACAAUAAUUUUCCCUCCAUUUCCGGCGCAAUUGCGGAUAAUUCGGGGUCGUCCGGGAAGGUUCAGAAGAGGAGCGGCUACGAGCAGCCGCAGGUCAGGUCUCCUCAGAGAAGCCGGCCGUCGAACCAUGACGCCAAGGAGCUUCACAUGUUCGUCUGGAGCUCAAGCGCUUCGCCGGCGUCGGAAGUCAGCGGACUACACGUGCUCGUCGGGCAGGAUUUCAACGGUACCGAGCAUAAAUCCGGCGGUGGCGAUCUUGGUGCUAAGGAGAUCCGCAUGUUGAUUCCAGACCACCACUCACCAAAUGGUGCACACAGAGAGCAUGAGGAUUUUGCCGUUGAGAAUUUCAGCUUUAAGCGAGGGUCGACGCCGGCGGAAGGAGAGGAAACAUUCUCCGUCCCCAGGGACGGACCGGUGUUCUGCAAACUGGGCUCCAACUCCGCGGCGGCGCUCCAUCCGACGCUGGAGGAGGAGGGUUCCAAGGCCAACAAGCAGAUGCCGCCUGCCAGCGUCAUGACCAGGCUCAUCCUGAUCAUGGUGUGGAGGAAACUCAUCCGCAAUCCAAACACUUACUCCAGUCUCAUUGGUGUUAUCUGGUCACUUAUUGCGUUUAGGUGGCACGUGUCAAUGCCUAAAAUAGUUGGAAAAUCCAUUUCCAUACUGUCAGACGCAGGUCUGGGGAUGGCCAUGUUCAGUUUGGGACUGUUCAUGGCUCUGCAACCGAGGAUCAUCGCCUGCGGAAACUCAGCGGCGGCAUUUGCCAUGGCCGUCAGGUUCCUCACUGGCCCUGCGGUAAUGGCCGCCGCCUCCAUGAUCGUUGGUCUCCGUGGUUCUCUACUUCACGUUGCCAUCGUUCAGGCUGCUCUUCCUCAAGGCAUCGUUCCUUUUGUGUUUGCUAAAGAAUACAAUGUUCAUCCAGCAAUCCUGAGUACAGCAGUCAUAUUCGGGAUGCUGAUUGCUUUACCAAUCACUCUCGUCUACUACAUACUCUUGGGGUUGUAAAGGAAUACUGGCAAGAAAAAAAAAAAGAAAAAGAAAAAGAGGAGGAAGAAGUAGAGAAAAAAAAGUUCCAGCAGGGAAGAGGGUAUGGGCUAUCGAAGAGGACGAACUAACACCGGCCGGCUUCCUUUUUUCCUUUUUGGAAGGGUGGAGAACUCUUCUUUCCUGCAAAGUUAUCGAAGCAACAUCAUCUCAGUGAGUUUUUUUCGUUUCUGGUCGCUGGGAACAAACAGAAGUGUUCUGAAAGUAGAUCCAUUGAUUGAGGUGUGAAACCAAAAAGGGACUUGAAAAAGAGAUUGAGAUGAAUGUUCACCAAAUUGUCAAACAGCAUGUAAUUUGUGGCUCAAACAGUAGAUAGAAAGGUGUUAAGCGAAGAAAAAUGCCCGGCCUUCUCUAUCUUUGGAUUGUAAAUGAAUCUAACUUCAUAUAUCAAUACUGAGGAUUGUCACGAUAGGAGACGGAGAAAAUUGUUUUGAGUUGUGCUAAUUGCUAAAUCAGCAUAAACAGAAAUAGUUACUUGAGUUAUUUGUAAAGAUCAUCUACAUAUAUAUCUAAUAUAUAUAUAUUGAAUAGUAA